UGGAGUUGACAUGGAUAAUUUCAACAGUGACAUAAUAUUUGGCAUUUUCCCCGAGUGGUCGUAUUCAGUGGAUAGCCAACAUUUUACUCUCAUUGAGAAAUCCACAUUUCAAGAGAAAUUCAUUAUAACUAAGUAUCAGUUAAUGGGAUGUGAAAUAGAGCAGUCUCAGAAAGAUACCUUCUUCAGAGUUGUGAUAGAAUACCUUUUCACCGAAAAUGUUAACGAAGUUCAUGUGACUGAUACCAUAGAUAAAAUCUAUAAGUUCAAACUGCCAGGAUCUUCCACAGGAACAAGCUUUGGAGUUGUGGAAACCUUCGACUUCAAUCUACAAACUCCAACCGACGCCUUCAGAUUUGCUGGCACUGCGACUAUUGACACAUCAUUCACUUUAUGGUCUGAUACAGAGUUGAACAUGACGAAAGUACCUGUUGAGAAAGGACAGUCAAAGCAAGGUAAAACAUCAAGAGUAAUCUGUUGCUUUGGUCGAAGUGAAACUGCUCCAUAAUCAACGCUCGAUAGGAAUGGCUCAUACAAAGUGUCCAAUGAUGUGGUGUGAAUUUUGUAGAUUUGGAGACUUUUAAGUGAGAUUCACGUGAAAAAGUCAGUGAAAAUGAUAGGAGGCUCCAGUUGUCAUAUGUUUCUUUUUGACUUUCUUCCAUAAUAUAAGCUGUGUUCGAGUUAUCGUGUAAUAUUAUGGCACAGUUGCACAAAAGCCGGUUGAAUUUUAAUCGUGAUUAAUUCCACGAGCACCAAUAAGAGAAGGCUGUUUCGAGGAGAAGGCUGUUUCGAGGAGAAGGCAAGUCUGAUUGGUUCUUGUGAAAUUAAUCACGAUUAGAAUAUUCAACCGGCUUCUGUGCAACCAGCAUUGGGUCUUCUUAAAUAUUAAUAAUAAUAAUAAAAUAAUAAUAAUAAUAAUACCUUUAUUGUACAAAUAGACAAGUUAGAACACAUCUAUAUAUACAGAAUAAUAGUAGGUUUUCAACGUGUAGAAUCACAGCUCAAGGCCUUUGUAAGUUGCACAAGUCAAAAAUGAAAAGAUGAAAAAGUUCAGGUACAUUGAUAUAAAUGUCUUCGAGUUGCUCAUGUAAUAGGGUGGGAGGCCAGGGACUUUGUUAGCACCCUAUUUUGUAACAAAUAAAAAGUAUAUAAUAAUUGCUUUUAAAAUCUCUACUCAACUAUUAACCUGUUUAAACUAUUUGAAUCCACGGUUGGGAGCUUUGGAUGGAUUCGUUCAUGCAAAUGCCAAGAUCUUCACUAUUGUUUAACAACACUUGUUUCAGAAACAAGUAACUUAUCACGAGCCAGGAACGUGAGAUGAAAGAUUUUGUAGAAAUGCUACUGAUUUAUUAGUUGAAUUAUACAAUUAUCGGUCAUCUUUGAAAUUCUGUUACAUCGAAUUAUAAUAUUCACUGUAAUCAAUCCGGUUAUUUAUUCAAUUACUUGUUUCAAUAUUACAACAUUAAAAAUUUAAUUUCAAAUAAUAUUUCUCAAAUUACUACUUUAUCGCAAUUAUUCAUAAUUGAUAUUCAGUCAAGAAUUUGCUAACUCACUCUACAAUAAAUUUAGGGCCUCGGUCAAUUUAUCUGGUCAAUCUAUUCGAGCUUAAUAAAAUAAUUUUGGCACUCACCAUUGAAUUGAAAAUUCAACAAAUAAAUCGGCACUCCCAAUCACUCACGCUUACAUUUCAACUUCGGUACUAUAUUUCAGACUACAUGCUUUUAAUUUAUACAAAAUAAAAUAAUAAGGAGAUUUUUCAUCUAAUUAGGCCGAAGCCUAAAUUAGAGACCGAGACUUAAUCUGCGACUACAUGAGUUCUUCUCGCGGUGACGACUCGAUUAGAACUGCCGCUCUCCUACUCAAAUUUUUCGAUUUGCAAGAAAACACGUGGAGCGCCCGGCCAAUAAUUUCAGGGUAAAACGUCGUGGGGUCACAUGGUUCGAAUACAUUUCUAAAUACGUUUGCAUUAAUUUCAUUUCGAAAUUCAAGCCAGUACUAUGGAAAUGCUAGAAGACUACAAUAAUUUGGAUGGAUAAGAAGCAAGUUAGCAAAUC